UACCUCUUCACUUGUAUGCUCAAGUACUACUCCCAAAUGGGUGCCCAUGAUGAGGUUUUGUCCCUCUUUCAAAGCAUGUUGUCUCACAAUAUAAAGCCUGAUGCUUUUGUGUACCCAGUUGUGAUCAAAUCGUUUGGUGAUAAGGGUUUUCUGUUCCAUGCCCUUGUUUUGAAACUGGGUUAUGGUGAGGAUCGAUAUAUACGCAAUGUGAUUAUGGAUUGUUAUGGGAAGUAUGGGCCAAUUGAGCUGUGCAGAAAAGUGUUUGAUGAAAUGACUGAGAGAAGUGUUGCGGAUUGGAAUUCGAUGAUUUCUGGGUAUUGGAAGUGGGGUUUGGAGGGUGAAGUGUGUAGGUUGUUUAGUAUGAUGAGUGAGAGGAAUGUUGUGACUUGGACGGCUAUGGUUUCGGGGUAUGUUAAGAUGAAGGAUUUGGUCAGUGCAAGGAGGUAUUUUGAUGAAAUGCUGGAGAAAAACGUGGUUUCUUGGAAUGCAAUGCUUUCAGGGUAUGCUCAAAAUGGGUUUACAGAAGAGGCGUUGAGGUUGUUUGGUGAUAUGGUCACUGCUGGGGUUAAGCCGGAUGAAACUACAUGGGUUACAGUCAUUUCAUCAUGCUCAUCUCGCGGUGAUCCUUACCUUGCAGAUUCACUGGUGAAAAUGCUUGACCAGAGGCAGAUCCGUUUGAAUUGUUUUUUGAAGACUGCAUUGCUUGAUAUGUAUGCAAAGUGUGGGAGUCUUGAGACUGCACAAAGAAUCUUUGAUGAUUUGGGGAUAUAUAGGAAUGUUGUUACUUGGAAUGCCAUGAUUUCUGCGUACAUGAGGGUAGGUGAUUUGAGUUCAGCUAGAGAGCUCUUCGAUAAGAUGCUGCAAAGGAAUGUGGUAUCAUGGAACUCAAUGAUUGCUGGAUAUGCUCAAAAUGGGCAGUCCGCUAUGGCAAUUAACCUUUUUAAAGAAAUGACUAAGACUAAAGAAGCAAAACCAGAUGAAGUCACUAUGGUGAGUGUUAUCUCGGCUUGUGGGCAUCUUGGGGCUUUAGAAUUGGGUAAUUGGGCAGUUAAUUUUCUCACCAAGAACCAUAUCAACCUGAGCGUUUCAGGAUAUAAUUCUUUGAUUUUCAUGUACUCAAAAUGUGGAAGCAUAAAGGACUCUGAGAGAAUUUUUCAAGAAAUGAGUACAAGAGAUGUGGUUUCCUACAAUACUUUGAUAGCGGGGUUCGCAGCUCAUGGCCAUGGAAAGGAAGCCAUUGAACAAAUGUCAAAGAUGAUAGAAGAAGGUAUUGAGCUGGACCGUGUGACAUAUAUUGGUGUUUUGACAGCCUGUAGUCAUGCAGGAUUAUUAGAUGAAGGAUGGAAGGUUUUUAACUCAAUCAAAAAUCCAACUGUGGAUCACUAUGCAUGCAUGGUUGAUUUGCUAGGUCGAGUAGGCCAACUAGAUGAAGCUAAAAGAUUGAUUGAUAGCAUGCCAAUGAAGCCACAUGCAGGAGUUUAUGGCUCACUUCUGAAUGCUAGUCGAAUUCACAAAAGAGUUGAACUUGGGGAGCUUGCUGCAAAUAAGUUAUUUGACCUUGAACCAAAUAAUUCAGGAAAUUAUAUUUUGCUUUCCAAUAUAUAUGCUCUGGCAGGGAGGUGGGAAGAUGUCGAUAGAAUUAGAGAAUCAAUGAGAAAAGUGGGAGUGAAGAAGACAACUGCAUGGAGUUUGGUGGAAUAUAAAGGUAAAAUGCACAAGUUCAUAGUUGGCGACAGAUCACAUGAAAGAUCAGAAGAUAUCUAUAGGCUAUUGGCAGAAUUGGGUAGCAAGAUGAGAAAGCUUGGGUAUGAAGCUGACAAGAGCUGUGUGCUAAGAGAUGUUGAAGACGAAGAGAAGGAAGAGAUGGUUGGAACACAUAGUGAGAAACUGGCCAUUUGUUUUGCCCUUCUUGUCAGUGAACUAGGGGCAGUGAUUAGGGUGGUGAAGAACCUUAGGGUGUGUUGGGAUUGCCACACUUCUAUAAAGAUGAUUUCUAAGUUGGAGGGCAGGGAGAUCAUUGUGAGAGAUAACAAUAGAUUUCACUGUUUCAGUGAUGGGUUUUGCUCUUGCAAGGACUAUUGGUAAUGGAAGAAAAAAAAUUCGCCUUAAUCUUGCAAUGGAUGGCCUGUGUUCUGUGAUCAACUGACCAUUAUAAAACCAUUUGCUUAGUUAUGGAAUGCUGCUGAGACAGUGGAUGCAGAAGAUCAUUAGAUGGUCAAGAAAAUGGCCACUCUGGCAUGAGACUUCAAGUGAGAAAGUGCUCACAGGCUGCUUGUGAAGUAGAACUAUAAUUUGCCCAUGCACUGAACCAUCUCUUCUUCAUUCUUGUCAUCCAACCUGGACCAUUGAAUGCAUAGCAUCAUCUUCCAAGUCCAUAUUGUGUGUCAUCAGGCUAGCUGAUUGCAAAUGGCCAGAUGAUGGAGGAGACUGGCACUUCUAAAAUUCUAUCCACUUUGAAGACCACCAGAGAAUAAAUCAAAAAUUGGUAAUGGUUGAUAAGGUUAGGCAAACAUUCUUUAACAGUGAAGCAUAGAUGCUAUUAGCUUCACUUA